AUGGUUCCUGGACCAAACGAUGAUGGGACCGUACAGAAUGGAAAUGGAGUGAAACGACAGUUGUCCAAAACACUUCGUUCCAUACUCAAGAGCAAAGAUAUCUCCAGUGACGUUUUCCUGCAGAAUGUUUGGCAGAAGCUGCCGGUGCACUUUCCAUUUGAGGGAGAUGAUAGCCACUCUCCAGAAGUGAAAGGAGAAUGGAGGGAUGAUGAGAUGCAACAAAAUCCUUUCGAAGAGUCGUUGCACCAGAGCUGGCAUAUCCUGAAGCAUUUGCUCGAACAAGCCGAGAGUCGCACCCGUUCCAGAGGUGAUAAUGGAGUCGAUCAUAGCUCUAUUCAUACGCCCCUAAUUUUUCAAAAUCGUGAAUUAAAGUCCCAAGAAGAAACUCAGGGUCUGUACGGAUCAAGCUUGUUUGCUCCCUACCUGGACGGCUGCUCGGUCGUCCUGAAUCAUGGUGACUUGCUGUCACCAUGGAUCGCUGCCAUUUGCCAAGAUUUGCAGUCUGAAUUUCCACAUGUAUAUGCAAACACUUAUCUUACCCCACCAGAUUCCCAAGCGGUCCCUCCACAUGCCGAUGAUCGAGACGUUUUCAUCCUGCAGUUGGUGGGGUCGAAACAGUGGAAGGUCUACGAACGAGUGCCCAUUCCGUAUCCCUACCCUGAUGAACAAGUGGGCAAAGAAGGAAUACCCGUACAUCCAACCAUUCUGAAUGGUCCUCUUUGUAUUGAUACGACACUGCAACCAGGUGAUGUUUUGUACAUGCCCCGUGGAUUUGUCCAUGAAGCAAGCAGCCCGAGCAAUGAUCUGAGUUUUCAUGUCACCAUUGCCAUUGCAACGCACGAUUGGAGUUUGGCUGGUCUAAUCUCCAGGGAAACCAAUCGGAUUCUCACUAAUGUUAUCGACUAUCGCCAAUCGACACUCCCCUUGGCCAGUACCACUCCAGCUACGCUACAAAGUCAACUAUCAACCGCACUAUCAAUGCUCCAAGAGGAAAUUACAGUCGACUCGUUGCUCUCCAAGCUGCACGCUCGGAUUGACAAUCACAAUCAACGCGCCGUUCCAGCUCGGAUGGCACUGUUGGAACACGCUCGCAACUCGGCUACCACCACAAGAACAUUGUCGUCGUCGUCGCCGGCGGCUGUCAUAGUUGGACCCCUGGCAGCCAUGGAAAUCACCUUUACCUCUGUUAUUCGGGCGGCAACCCCAGAGGAACGUGCCAGUGUGACAAUAACGGACGACCCUACCCGACCGAGAGGAUUGCAAGUGCGACCCGAAACCUAUGAUACCAUCCUGUCCAUCAUCGGUGAACUCAAGAAACAACCGGAUCGUCAAUGUCGUGUGUUGAACUUGCAAGGCUUAUUGCAAGAUUUGGAACCCAAUCAGCAUGUUUGCGAUCUGACGCUGCUGAGUCUGGCAAAGAGAGGUAUCGAACUAGGUGCCAUGGCCGUGGUGCAAAAGUAG